AUGGACGAGUUCGCUAUGGGCUGUGGAUCAACCGAUGGCCAAAUUUCCGGUCCGGUUAUCAAUCCUUGGUCAUGCAAACAGCUGGGUGGUGCACGCGAUUAUGUCAUCGCCGGCGGUAGUUCUGGUGGGAGCGCAGCCGCAGUCUCUGCUGGUCUGUGCUUGGCUGCUGUAGCCUCAGACACUGGGGGUUCAGCCCGCUUGCCCGCUGCUCAUUGCGGUGUGGUCGGACUGAAGCCCACCUACGGUUUACUAUCACGUCAUGGACUCAUCCCUCUGGUCAACUCAUUGGACGUCCCAGCACUGAUUGCUUCGUGUGUUUCAGAUGUCGCUGCGCUGCUGGCCUCUUGGAUGAAUCCAAAGGACCAAACGGCGCGACGGAUGGAUGCUACCUGUAUCCCACUGUCUGACAAUCAACUCAGCAUCUUCCACCACGGCCUAACUGCUAUUGCCACCCAUUGCGCUUGUGAAGGGCAGUCGAGCAGACUACGCAUUGGAAUCCCGGUGGAAUACCAUGCUCCCGGAUUAACUCAAGAAAUCGCUCAGGUUUGGGAUGAAGUGGCCUCCUGCUUGGACGAUGGAGAAUUGGACUGCACGGUGCAGCAAGUACGGCUGCCACACACACCGAUGGCAACUACAGUGUAUUCAGUGUUAUGUGCUGCAGAGGUUGCCUCUAAUAUGGCCAGAUACGAUGGCCUCAAAUACGGUUACCGUGCGCAGCCGUCCACCGAGUGGGUUGACAACGGGGCCAGUGGCGACGGGGAGCAGCAGUUGAGCAGCGUGGAGGCAAUGUUCGCAGCCACACGAUCACACGGGUUUGGCGAUGUGGUACGCGGUCGUGUGUUGGCAGGCAACUUCUUCCUCCUCACCAGUCAGCGGGAUUGCCAUCUGGAUGCUGCUCGUCGGCUUUGGCGUUUGAUUAAGCAAGAUUUUGAUGAGGUAUUUGAUCAAGUAGACUUCCUACUCACUCCCACGACUCUUGGACCACCGACCCGGCUUACGGACUUCGUCCAACUGGACAGUCGAACUCGGUGCACCAUGGAUGACGUGUGCACCGUCGGAGCGAAUUUGGCUGGCGUUCCGGCAGUGUCGAUCCCUGUGUGUCUCUCUUCAUCCACAGGGCUACCAAUCGGAUUACAACUGAUCGGACCGGCUUUGAGCGAAGUUGGAUUGCUACGAUUAGCCGCCCACAUCGAAUCCAUGGUCGCGUUUCCAAGCCUGGUAGAUAUGAUCGGACUGUUAGACCAGCUGCGAACCUCAUCUUGACUAUAUGUACAUUUGUUACAGCUGCCACUGUUAUAUGAUGGUGACAAUACUUUGUAA